AUGGCGACGCCUCCCAAAUAUCCCAGCACUCUCGAACGCGUCACCAGCGCCACGAACCGAGUCUUCGCCCGCUCGCUCCCAGAUCCCUCGCCCAUCGCUCAAGCCUCACUUGCCCGGGACAUAGAGGAAGACACAGACGAAGAAUCCGCCGGUACAGAGUCCGAGUCAGAAAGCUCUACCCUACGUCCGUCCACCUCUGCCCCAGGAACAGGAGCAUACUCGUUUGUCGGGUCAUACCGCAGACCGAGCUUUGCUGGAGCGGGAAACAGAGCUACUCUACUUCCCCGGCUCGUAUCAGACCAUGAGCGCCUCUCCAAGGAAGAGAGACAACAGGCAAUGGAAGAGGAGCGGUCUCUACUGAGAGACAACAAUCUAAUCCCACCCAAACAUCCUCAGGCCGCGGCCGACCAAGGUGGUCGCAAGAGAAGCAUUUUCCAUAUACCUGGCGGUGACCGCAAAGUCUCUCGAGAUGAAGAGGCUGCCCCCGCGGUAGAGGUCAACGUGGGCCUUGCGACCGAAGUCUCGCCGUUGUUAGGUGACCCAAACCUCCCAUAUGGCGGCCAAGAUGACCCCCAGAACAUAAGUCAGAAGUGGGAGGAAGCUGUGGCAGCAGGCAUGAUUCAUACAACCUGGCAGCGUGAAGCCAAAGUCAUCGCUCGCUACUCUGCGCCUUUGAUGGUGACAUUUGUCCUCCAAUAUUCGCUCACAGUCGCGAGCAUUUUCACCGUGGGACAUAUCGGGACAGUAGAACUAGGGGCAGUGAGCCUGGCAUCAAUGUCUGCCAACAUUACCGGCUAUGCCAUCUACCAAGGCCUAGCCACGUCUCUUGACACCCUCUGCGCACAAGCCUACGGAUCCGGCCGCAAGAAACUUGUCGGCCUGCAGAUGCAGCGCAUGGUCUACUUCUUAUGGACCAUCACGAUACCCAUUGGCAUCAUCUGGCUGCUCGCAGAAAGCAUCCUCCUUGCCUUGGUCCCGGAGCCGGAGGUGGCCAAGCUCGCAGGGCUGUAUCUGAAGGUUGUCCUGCUUGGUGCCCCUGGCUAUGCAGCCUUCGAGUCCGGGAAACGCUUUGUCCAAGCGCAGGGGCUCUUCUCAGCUUCCCUCUACGUCCUCCUCUUCUGUGCCCCUUUCAACGCGUUCUUGAACUGGUUGUUCGUGUGGAAGUUAGAUAUGGGCUUUGUGGGCGCUCCUAUCGCCGUUGCCAUCACGGAUAACUUGCUCCCACUAGGUCUGUUUAUCUACGUCCGUUUCUUCUCCAAGACCGGAAUGUCGUGCUGGAAUGGAUUUACGAAAAAGGCGUUCCAGAACUGGGGACCAAUGGUCAAACUCGCCUUGCCCGGGGUGGUGAUGAUUGAGGCCGAAGUCCUCGCGUUUGAAAUUUUGACCUUUGCGGCAUCGUAUUUCGGCACGACAGUUCUCGCCGCACAAUCUGUCCUCGCAACCCUCACCUCGCUUACCUUCCAGAUCCCCUUCCCGCUCUCCAUCGCGGGCUCAACGCGCGUCGCGAACCUCAUUGGCGCGACCUUGGCCGACGCCGCAAAGGUGUCCACACGAGUGACUUUUUCUGCCGCCAUCAUCGUCGGCAUCCUCAACGUGACCCUCCUCUCCGCCCUGAAGGACUACAUCCCCCACCUCUUCACCUCCGACCCGGACGUGGUCCGCAUCGUCAGCGACAUUUUGCCCCUGUGCGCGGCCUUCCAACUCUUCGACGCCCUCGCCGCGAACUGUAACGGCAUCCUCCGCGGGUUGGGGAGGCAAGAAUUCGGCGGCUACGUGCAGCUGUUUUGUUAUUAUGUCUUUGCGAUGCCCAUCAGCUUUGGGACGGCGUUUGGGGCUGGGUGGGGCCUUUGGGGACUCUGGACCGGCGUGGCGCUCGCGCUGGGGCUGGUGGCCCUGAUCGAAUUCGUGUAUCUGGCCAGGACGGAUUGGCAGAGGAGCGUGGACGAGGCGAGGGCUAGGAACCUCGAAGGCGGCAUGUGA